AUGAAGCUAGUUUCCACAAUUCCGGUCGUAUUGCUGGCUCUGCUUCCUAGGGUCCACGCAUAUCUCCUGUUCACGUCCGGUGGAAGUGAGUUCAAGCUCGCGGAUCAAUCAACUGCCCCGGCCAUAUGGACCGGCGAGGAUGAUCUUAUUGGGGUCGCGAGAGCAGCACGGGAUCUCGCCCAGGAUUUUGGACGUGUGCUCGGCGUGAACGGCACGGUUUCAAUCGUGGACACUGAUGGCCCCGACCCCGCUGCUGGAGAGCCUGUAAUUAUUGCAGGGACAGUAGGACACUCGUCGCUGAUAGAUAGCCUUGUGUCCGAUGGUAAGCUAGAUAUAUCUCAGGUUCAAGGCAAAUGGGAAUCAUACACGUCCCAGAUCGUGCAUAAUCCAUUUGAUAAUGUUACCUGGGCACUAGCAGUAGCAGGCAGUGACCGCCGAGGAACGAUCUACGGUCUCUAUGACAUCUCAGAGCAGAUGGGUAUCUCACCUUGGUAUUGGUGGGCAGAUGUCCCCGUGAAGACUAAACCAGGGAUUUGGGUGUCUCCUGAGGGAAAGGUUCAGAAAUCGCCAUCGGUCAAAUAUCGUGGAUUCUUCAUCAACGACGAGUCGCCAGCGCUGUCAGGCUGGGUAAGCGAGAACUUUGGCGAUAAAUUCAAUAGCGACUUCUACCGACACGUGUUUGAGCUAUGUCUCCGCCUCAAGGGAAACUACCUCUGGCCCGCCAUGUGGGGCAAGAUGUUCUACGUCGACGACGCUGAGAACGGUGCAAUUGCGCAUGAGUAUGGAGUAAUUAUGGGGACGAGCCACCAUGAGCCCAUGGCUCGAUCCGAGCAAGAGCAGAAAACAUACCUGGAGGGGGAAUGGGACUGGGGCGACAAUCAGGCCAAUAUCAAGACCUUUUUCCAGGAAGGGAUUGACCGGGCCAAAGAUUGGGACACAAUGUGGACGAUGGGUAUGCGAGGAGAAGGAGAUGCGGCAUCUCCUACCUUGACUGCCGAUGAUCUGGAGGAACUGAUCGGGGUUCAACAGGCUCUGCUACUAGAUGCCUUUAACACGAGUGACCCUCUCAGCAUUCCGCAGACUUGGGUGCUCUACAAGGAGGUCAGUGACUACUACGCGGCGGGCAUGAAAGUUCCCGACUCUGUCACACUCCUCUGGACCGAUGAUAACUCCGGUAAUCUGAUUCGAAUUCCCCUCGCAAAUGAGACCGAUCGUGCGGCCGGAGCAGGCGUGUACUACCAUUUCGAUUACGUCGGCAGCCCACGCAGUUACAAGUGGAUCAAUACAAUCCAGCUCGUCAAGACAUGGGAGCAGAUGCAUCUCGCCUACCAUAAGAAUGCUCGGCAGAUAUGGAUUGCAAACGUCGGAGACAUAAAGGGUCUUGAAGUCCCUCUGACACAUUUCAUGGACAUGGCGUACGACAUGGAUCGCUUUGACAACACAGAAUCCACCUCUGCCUGGCUCAAGCAAUGGGCCGCCCGAGAGGUCAACGAGCAGGUAGCUGACCGAACAGCAGACAUAUUAAACCAAUAUGGGAUACUUGUCGCACGCCGCAAAUACGAACUCCUCAGUCGUCUGCCUUUCGCAUUUAGCACUACUGACUAUGACGAGGCGGAGACUAAUCUGGCUCAAUGGGAAAACCUCCUGGUCCAAGCGCAGAGCGUGUACUCUUCUUUAGAUGCUCCCACUCGAACCCCGUUCUUCGAGAUGGUUCUCCAUCCGGUGUUGGCUGGCAAGACCGUCGUGGAUCUCUAUACCAAGGCUGCGUUGAAUGGGCUAUACUACCAGCAGGGCCGCAUCAGUGCGAACUACCUCGCCCAAGAGGUACACGAUCUCUUUGCCGAGGACGACGAAAUCACACAGCGAUAUCACGACCUGGAGGGAGGCAAGUGGAGUCCCGUCAUGAACCAGGUUCAUAUCGGCUACACUUCCUGGGAUGACCCUGCCAAUAACACCAAUGUUAUGCCUGCCCUGAAUUACACGGGAGUACCAGAGCGCAACGAGGCCAUGGGAGUUGCCAUCCAACACUACAGCACAACGUACCCGGAGUCUGACCGACUGGUUCUGCUCUCCAUGGAUCCCUAUAUGCCACCUAAUGAGACUCGGUAUAUUGACAUCUUUGCAAGACAAAACCAGACGUUCCCAUACUCGAUCUCGUCCAACGCAUCCUACGUAACGGUCUCAAACAACGAGGGCUCUCUAUCAGCGUCCAGGAAUACCUCAGACGCGCGGAGCAUGAUCACAGUUGAUUGGAACUCCGUGAGCCCUGGUCUAUCCUACGUUGAGCUAACCGUCCGCUCCAGCAAGACAUCAGUUGCAACUCUCAUCCUCCCACUCAACAAAACCACCGUGCCAUCCACUUUCACCGGCUUCGUCGAGUCGAACGGCGUUAUAUCUAUUGAAGCCAGCCACUACAAUAUCGCAGAGACAAGCAACGACGUCUCUUACGUCAACAUCCCACAUUACGGACGGACAAUCUCAGCGGUAAAGCCAUGGCCCGUGACUAUUGGCACACAGGACCCCAGCACGGGGCCCGCGUUACGAUACUCUCUUUUCACCACAACCUCCUCCGCGAGCGCGAGACUGAUCGUGAGCCUGGGUGCCUCACACAACCAUGACCCAACCCGCUGGAUCCAGUUUGCGUAUUCACUAGAUGGGGCUACGCCCGUGACGGUCCGGCCUGUGUCGUCCGUACUGCUGUAUAAGGAAGAGCAAGCAUGGGCAACAGCGGUCAUGGAAAACGGGUGGACAUCGGUGAUUGAACUUGAUGGUGUAGUUGUGGUUGGAGAGCAUGAACUGGCUCUCUGGCUUCUUGAACCGGGGGUCGUUUUGCAGAAGGUUGUCGUUGAUAUGGGUGGUUAUGCGGCUUCUGCUCUGGGACCACCAGAGAGCAUGAGGGUUUAA